AUGGAAUGGCAUCUCGAUGAAUGGCCACUUCUUUUGACUGGAACAGUAUCGGGCGAAGUUGGCGUUAGCGACUCUCGACAGUUCGAUGGUUUAAAGCGUCACUGGACAGUCAGCAGUGAAGUUGAACGCUUGAAAUGGGAUCAUUUCAAUCCAUUCUGCUUUUUCGUUGUCACUGAUGAUGGUUUGUCGUUCUUUCGUUUUUCUGGCAAAAAUUUUUUUCGACGAAAUUUUAAAAAAUGUAUUUUUCCACCGUUUAAAAUCUUUCGAAAGAUGAAUUUUUCCACCGUUUUAAAUUCCUCGAUUUAUUUUUUACUCUAG